AUAGGAGGUGAUGUUCGCAUGCUCAACCAAUCACAGUCCCGCAGAUAGGUGUCCUGUGUGCCGCGUUUUACAGUUUGGAAUAGUCCUCGUACAAAUGGGUCUCAGAGUAAAGCGUCGAGGCCAGGUUCUGCCACUAACGCGUUGGUUAUCUCGGAUCUUUCAUUGUGGCUUAAACUUCCUCAGUGACACAGAGGCUGGAGAGGACUAAGCCAGAGCGCAGCCAUUGGGUGAUGCCCGUCCAAAGUCUCGGGCAGCUCCGUACCCACCGGCAAGGAAGCGCCUCCUCCGCGGCGCCGCGACGAGGAUGCCAGUCAUUGCGAGUCCGCAGCCGGGGCUUCCCAGGGGCACGAUGGCAGCUGCAGUCAGGAAGCAGAGGCCGAGGAGGCUGGGCUGUUGGGCCCUGGUGGCUGUGCUCCUGGCGGACCUAUUGGCACUCAGUGAUACGCUGGCGGUGAUGUCUGUGGACCUGGGCAGCGAGUCCAUGAAAGUAGCCAUUGUCAAACCUGGAGUGCCCAUGGAGAUCGUCUUGAACAAGGAAUCCCGGAGGAAAACCCCAGUGACCGUGACCCUGAAAGAAAAUGAAAGAUUCUUUGGAGACAGUGCAGCAGGCAUGGCCAUCAAGAAUCCAAAGGCUACGCUGCGUUACUUCCAGCACCUCUUGGGGAAACAGGCAGAUAACCCCCACGUGGCCCUUUACCGGGCACGUUUCCCAGAGCACGAGCUGAGUGUCGAUCCAGAGAGGAGGACCGUGCGCUUCCAGAUCAGCCCGCAGCUGCAAUUCUCACCUGAGGAAGUGCUGGGCAUGGUUCUCAAUUACUCCCGCUCCCUGGCUGAAGAUUUUGCAGAGCAGCCCAUCAAGGAUGCAGUGAUCACCGUGCCAGCCUUCUUCAACCAAGCCGAGCGCCGAGCUGUGCUGCAGGCCGCGCGCAUGGCUGGCCUCAAAGUGCUACAGCUCAUCAACGACAACACCGCCACUGCCCUCAGCUACGGUGUCUUCCGCCGGAAAGAUAUCAACACCACUGCCCAGAAUGUCAUGUUCUACGACAUGGGCUCAGGCAGCACCGUGUGCACCAUUGUCACCUACCAGACAGUGAAGACCAAGGAGGCUGGAAUGCAGCCUCAGCUGCAGAUCCGGGGAGUGGGGUUUGACCGCACCCUGGGUGGCCUGGAGAUGGAGCUCCGGCUGCGUGAGCACCUGGCUGGGCUUUUCAACGAGCAGCGCAAGGGCCAGGGAGCAAAGGACGUGCGAGACAACCCACGCGCCAUGGCCAAGCUGCUGCGUGAGGCUAAUCGGCUCAAGACUGUGCUGAGUGCCAACGCAGACCACAUGGCGCAGAUCGAGGGCCUGAUGGACGAUGUGGACUUCAAGGCUAAAGUGACGCGCGCGGAGUUUGAGGAGCUGUGUGCAGACCUGUUUGAGCGGGUGCCCGGGCCCGUGCAGCAGGCCCUGCAGAGCGCUGAGAUGAGUCUGGAGGAGAUCGAGCAGGUGAUCCUGGUGGGGGGUGCCACUCGGGUCCCCAAAGUCCAGGAGGUGCUGCUGAAGGCUGUGGGCAAGGAGGAGCUGGGGAAGAACAUCAAUGCGGACGAAGCAGCCGCCAUGGGGGCCGUGUACCAGGCGGCUGCACUGAGCAAAGCUUUCAAGGUGAAGCCGUUUGUGGUCCGUGACGCCGUGGUCUACCCCAUCCUGGUGGAGUUCACCAGGGAGGUGGAGGAAGAGUCUGGCCUCCGCAGCCUGAAGCACAACAAACGCGUGCUCUUCUCCCGUAUGGGGCCCUACCCUCAGCGCAAAGUGAUCACCUUUAACCGCUACAGCCACGAUUUCAACUUCCACAUCAACUAUGGUGACCUGGGCUUCCUGGGGCCCGAAGAUCUUCGGGUGUUUGGCUCCCAGAACCUGACCACAGUGAAACUAAAGGGUGUAGGUGAGAGCUUCAAGAAGUACCCCGACCACGAGUCCAAGGGCAUCAAGGCCCACUUCAACCUGGAUGAGAGCGGUGUGCUCAGUCUAGACAGGGUGGAGUCUGUGUUCGAGACACUGGUGGAGGACAGCCCGGAAGAAGAGUCAACUCUCACUAAGCUUGGCAAUACCAUCUCCAGCCUGUUUGGAGGCAGUACCACCCCAGAUGCCAAGGAGAAUGGUACUGAUACUGUCCAGGAAGAAGAGGAGAGCCCUGCUGAGGGGAGCAAGGAUGAGGCUGGGGAGCAGGGGGAGCUCAAGGAGGAAGCUGAGGCCCCAGCGGAGGAUACCUCUCAGCCCCCGCCCCCUGAGCCCAAGGGGGACCCAGCCCCUGAAGGAGAAAAAGCCUCGGAAAAAGAGAAUGAGGACAAGGCUGAGGCCCAGAAGCCGAGUGAGAAGGGGGAGGCAGGGCCUGAGGGUGUCCCUCCGGCUUCAGAGGAAGAGAAGAAGCAGAAGCCUGCCCGGAAGCAGAAGAUGGUGGAGGAGAUCGGGGUGGAGCUGGUUGUUCUGGACCUGCCUGACGUGCCAGAGGAUGAGCUGGCGCGGUCGGUGCAGAAGCUUCAGGACCUGACCCUCCGAGACCUGGAGAAGCAGGAACGGGAGAAAGCUGCCAACAGCUUGGAAGCCUUCAUCUUUGAGACCCAGGACAAGCUGUACCAGCCCGAGUACCAGGAAGUGUCCACUGAGGAACAGCGGGAGGAGAUCUCUGGGAAGCUCAGUGCUGCGUCCACUUGGCUGGAAGACGAGGGCUUUGGGGCCACCACUGUGAUGCUGAAGGAGAAGCUGGCAGAGCUGAGGAAACUGUGCCAGGGCCUGUUUUUCCGGGUGGAGGAGCGCAAGAAGUGGCCGGAGCGGCUGUCUGCUCUCGAGAACCUGCUCAACCAUUCCAGCAUAUUCCUCAAGGGCGCCCGGCUCAUCCCAGAGAUGGACCAGAUCUUCACAGAGGUGGAGAUGACCACGUUAGAGAAAGUCAUCAACGAGACCUGGGCCUGGAAGAACACAACUGUGGCUGAGCAGGCCAGGCUCCCUGCCACGGAGAAGCCCGUGUUGCUUUCCAAAGACAUCGAGGCCAAGAUGAUGGCCCUGGACCGCGAGGUGCAGUAUCUACUCAACAAGGCCAAGAUCGCCAAGCCCCGGCCCCGGCCCAAGGACAAGAACGGGACGCGAGCAGAACCUCCCCUUAACGCCAGUGCGAGUGACCAGGGGGAGAAGGUCAUCCCCCCAGCAGGCCAGGCUGAAGACGCAAAGCCCAUUUCGGAGCCUGAGAAAGUAGAGACUCGAUCUGAGCCCACAGACACCGAGCCUCUGGAAUUGGGAGGCCCUGGAGCAGAAUCUGAACAGGAGCCGGCAGGACAGACGCGACCAUCAAAGAACGAUGAACUAUAACGCCCACCGCCCGUUUCCCCGCUCCUCUCUGCCCCCUUCCCCUGCCACCUCUAUUUAUUAAACAUCCAGGGUGGGGGAGCAGUGGGUCCCCUGGGGACGUAGGCUCCCUUUCUCUCCUGUGAUUGGGGGUGUGCAGGCCGGAAAGGGAAGAACAGCCUGGCAGUUCCUUCUGGAACAUCUCGGUGGUGGAAGACAAACCGUUCUUUCCCAGCCCCACCCCCUGGUCCCUGCCCAUCCAGGGCCUACAUUUGGGAAGAAUCACUAUUCUGUCUUAACCGAGCCUGUGGGUAGGUGGGAGAGUGGCUGUCAGUGGUUGGCCGAGACCUGGGGGUGGGAAGGAUGUCCUGGGAUAUUGAAGAACCCAUUCCUUUCUGGUCCUCCUUCCUCCCUCCUCUCCUCUCUCCCUCCAUGAAAUCAGGGCCCCACCUAGGUCCGUGGCUACACAGCCCCAAUGAUCUGACUUGGUUUCUGGGUGUUUUUCCCCCUUCCAAGGUCUUCUCUUAACCUGCCCUCCCACCCCUGUUCUCAUCUGGCCCCUCUUCCCACGGCUUCCUGGUGCAAGUCGGGCAGUUCUCUGCCCCUUCGCCCAAAGCCCUUCCCUCUGAAGUAAGCCUGGAAGUAUUCCUGCCUGCACGCAGGCCAGCGGUGGCCAGAGGAGCCAAGGAGAAAGCAAAGGGAAUCACCCCCACCCAGCCCAGGCUGCGCUGGGUCAACGCCAGGAGCACCCACCUGCGGCCUUUGGAGCCGUGGCCCGGUUGGCCUGGGAUGCCAGUGUCCUGCGAGCACUGCCCCCGGUAGCCUGCGGCCUUGGUUCCUGAGAAGAUCUGUCCCUUUCUCCUGUUCUGCCCCUCUCAGACAGCCCUUCCCUCACCUGUCCCCUGGGCUGACCAAAAUGUGCUUUCUACUGUGAGCCCCUGACCGGAGGCUGGGGGGAGGAGAGGAGAGGAGAGACCGCCCUGUGAAUGUCAAGAGCCGCCUGGCUCUUCGAGGGAGGCUUUGUGGGUGAAGGGAGAGGUCAGGGCUGGCCUUGCUGGCGCUCAUCACUCCUGGGAUGGGCCCUGACCCCACGCCCCGCCUGCGGCCUGUCCUCAGUAUUCUGUCUAGCAGGGGCUGGGGCUGCCACCCACUCCACUCAAGGGUGAGCCUAGUUGUCAGUCAUUCUAACCCCCACCCGUUUUUUUUUUUUUUUUUUUGCCACAUUGGCAGAAACGGGACCUGAGGGUCCCCAGCCCCAACCCUUCCUCUUCUAUGUGUGAGUUCUCUCAUUAGCAGUUGAGGCUGGCUGGACAGGUUGGAGUCAAAUUGUACUUUGCCCCAUUGGUAAAUGAGGAACUGUUUCAAUAAAAUAUUCUUUUCUAUA